CGGCAGUAAUGUCAUGUUAUUAUCAUUAAAAAAAAACAGUCUUCGUCUAACUCGGCAUGGAGUAGGAUGUGUGAUAAAUCGAUUUUAGCUACAAAUUAUUAACACGUUUUUUUAAACAUAUUUAUGUUAUAUUGCUUUAAUUUACGUGAAGUGAUCUUAUUUAUAAAUUAAAUUUUUCUCUUGAGUCAAUAUGUUUGACAAGAGUGUUAUUGUAGCGGUAUUUCUAUUAGGGGCGGUCUGGGCUCAGUUGGAUGCUGACCAAGAACAAGCUGUGAACACAGCAUUAGAGAACCUGCCUCCGGAACUCCAGGGCAAGGUGGACAAGACACAACUUGAUGAGAUUAAGAACAAAUCUGCAGCUGCAUUUAAGGACAAGUGUGCCAAGAAUGGAGGACCCGAUGCUUUUGGAAAUGCUGAGAAAGCGUUUAUAAACUUGAAAUCGUGCAUGGAGGGCCUGGUGGUGACGAGCGAGCUGGAAAAAGAAAUCGAGGCUGCUAAACCCAACGGCAAAAUGGACGAGGUCUUUAAGAAAUAUUGUGCUAAAAAGCCCCAGUUCAAGGACUGCUUCAAAGUCGCAGUGGAGGCUGCCAGACCGUGCUUCUCCAGCGACGAACAAAAGAACUUGAAGAUAGUGUACAACGUCACCGAACAGUUGGCUGAGUUCGUCUGCUUCAAGGAUGGCGACAGGAUUGCGCUGUUCAUCGCGGAGGGCGGCAUCGACUGCGUGCAGGCGCAGCAGGAGGCCAUCCAGAACUGCUCCAACGAGGCGCUCGGCCCCAACGUGCAGCUCAACGCCAACAUCUCCGCUGACUCCAUCCCCGAAAUCAGAUUUACUAAUAAGGAGUGCGGGCAGCUAACAAAGCUGCAGCACUGCGUGGUGCGCAAGCUGGAGACGUGCGAGCAGCCCACCACGGCCAACAUCGUGGAGUCGCUGUUCAAGUUCAUCCGCAAGGCCACGCCCUGCAAGGAAUUUACUGAUCAACAAGCAAGCCCAAGGAGUGGCACUGUUAAUGCUGAUAUUAAUAAGCCCGGCUCGGCCAGCGGGCUCGCGGUGACGUCACUCACUCUCGCAAUGGCGGCAGCUACUCUUCUCGUCUAAUUACCUGUCGUACUACGGGAUCCCGGAAUACAUUAAUUUAAAAAUAGAGUAGGCUUGUCCAAAAGACGGAAACAAGUAGGCAUAUUAAUAAAGGCGCGCCUAAACGGACCGCAUUCUCACGAAGUAUAUGUGAUCAGCGACGUAAUUAGGCAAAUAAUUAUAGCCGUGAAAUGUUGGUCGCUAACUCUCCUUGAUAGAGCUUCCGUUGCUUAGAAUCAACGACAUACAUAUCGUUUCACAAUUUAGAAAUUAUGUGCCAAUUGCAGACCCGUGCACUUUUAAAUCACUUAAAAAGUGCGAUUUAACUGGUGAUUAAAAAUAGUUAAGUAAGUGUAGAUGGAGUAAAUCAAUCUUCGCGCUGGCAGCAAACUGGAUUCGUAUUCGUACACUUAAAACUAGAUACACAGUACGAGAAACGUAUAAAGUGCUUUUUGCCUCAAUUGUUGCAAUAGUUUUGGAAGUAAUGUACCUAUAGCUGUAUUUUUUAGGGGUUAAACCGAGCUUAAGGCGUAGCUUGUACGCGGCAGUAUAGUCUUAAGGCUUAAGUAACGGCUUCUGUAAAAUAGAAAUUGUACAUCGGACCUGAAGGUUCUCAGACUAAUUUGUACAAAUUAUACAUUAAUACAUCGAAUGAUUUCAUAAAAAUUCCAAAAAAAUAAGGCUAUAUCGGUUGUGAGUGUUGUGACAAAAAUGUGUACAUUCCAUUUGUUAUCUUAUUUAGUUUAUUUUAGUUUGUGGCAACUUUUGACGUUUGUCUUUAAAUCAUUGAUGUCCAUUAUAAACGUCCAAAUAUUAAUACGUAUUUGUCUGUACAUGCGAGGAACAUUAUACAAUGUAUACUUAACUGUCCAUACUGUAAUGAAUGACGGCAUGUAAUGGCUCAAUUUAUGUCAUUUUAUAGUGUCUGAAAUAUUCAUUAAGAGAUGUAUUUAUUUUUUAUAUUUUUUAUUGAUUUACAUUGCAUUUUUUUAUAUUUAAUGUUGUGUCAAAAUGCUAAAAUACAUUUAUUUUUAAGUAACUUGCUCAAUUAGUUGCUUUAAGACAUUAUUUUUUAACCUUACGUUUGGGUUGGUGCUUUGAUUAAAAUGACAGAUAAAACUACAGUUUCCUUUUAUAUUAUUUUAUAAAAUUACUUUCAUAAGAUUAUGCAAUUGCAGACCACCGUAAAGCGAUCCUGUUGAGACUAUUAAUUAACUGACAUUUUAAUCGUAAAACCGCAUCGUAGAAUAAUACCCCGGGUAAGCGCAACAACGACAUGUCGACGCCGAUAUGUCGGUGAUAUAUUGAGGCAUUAGACUGGAGGAACCAUGCUGUCACUAAAGGUUAUCAGUAAGACCACGAAAGUCCGUGAGACUUUAAGGUUUGUGAUACAUUUUUAAACCUUUUAGUGUUGAAAGCCGGAAAUUUAUAAAAUAACACACGUAAGACUGAAAGUGAAAAACAAGGUGUCCGAUUUAUACUUAAAUUACCUAAACAUGACAAUUUUAUCUUAUCAUCCCCAAAAUACCCAAUGAAACUAUUAGGGAAAUAUUUAUUUCGUAUGAUACUUAAAAUGGUUAAACACUUAUUACUUUAUUUUAUACGCUGUUUGUUUGGCUGCUAAUUUAGUUUCUGGGUAUACUUGUGAUAAAGUAGUUUUUAUGUGAUAGGUAUUGUACGAGUAUUGUAGGUGAAAGUGAAAAUAAAUAAAUGGGAUGGUUACAAUCAA